AUGCAGGCUCCCGCACGCCUGGUGCGGAGCUUGAGCACGUCGCCGUCCCGGGGGUCGGAUGGCGCGCUUCCCAAGUUCAACCCCGCUCCUAACUUCAAGCUCACGCAAUCGCCCAACCCGGGGUGGAAGUGGGGAGAAGGACUUGCGCCUGAGUCGAGCCCAUUGGCGAAGGAGUGGAAGGAAGACGAGGCGAAGGGCUGGAAGAGCUUCACUCUCAAAGAGACGCAUGGCAAGGAUGUGUACAUGCUGUUGACUAGCUCAAUAGUGCCUCGUCCCGUUGCGUUCAUCUCGUCUUUGUCUGGGGAGGACGUACCAAACCUCGCUCCUAUGAGCUACUUCUCCUUGUUGGCACACGAUCCACCAAUGGUCGGUGUUUCAUUCGCAAUCUUCCGCGGUAUCGGGAAGGACACUCGUGACAACAUCUUGGCGACGAAGACGUUUACUGUCAACAUCAUCAGCGAGCCAUUCCUGGACGCUGCCAAUGCUUGCUCGAUCGACGCACCGAAAGAAGUUGACGAGUGGCUUGUCAGCGGUCUCACCCCUGAACCCAGUACUGUCAUCAAGCCUGCACGAGUUCGGGAAAGCGCUGUUAGCUUUGAAUGCGAGUACUUCCACCAUCACGAUCUCGUCUCCAACUACGGCCCUGAGAUGUCGAAUACCUUCAUAAUGGGCAGCAUCAAGAUGAUGCAUGUCCGCAACUCGGUAUUAUCGCCGGACGGCGUCAACGUCGACCCCGCCAAGCUGCGCGCUAUGUCCCGCCUAGGCAUGUUCACGUAUGCUCGUGUCGGCGACGGCAUAGAUAUCCCGAUUCCUAUGUGGGCGCAGAAGGGCGAGGAGGUCUCAAAGGUGAUCGAGGAGAAGAGCAAGAACAAGCUGUGA